UAGUGAAGAUAGAUUUGACAUUUUACAAGAAAAUUCUUUUUGUUGAUCAAAUUGUGGCCGAAUUUCACAAAUUGGAUUAUUUGAAUGUGGCGUGCGAUUUUGUUAUCUAAUUAGAGUGCCUGUAAAAUAAAUCUAUAGAUAAAACUAUGACUUUCAUACCUAAUUGGGAAGAGUUUGAGAGGUCGGCAGAAAUGUUGUAUUUGAGGGAUCCAUUGAACACUCGAUACAGUUUAAAAUAUUGUCAUACAAAAGGAGUAUUUUUAGUUAAAAUUACUGAUAAUAAGAAGUGUCUUCAAUUCAAAACCGAGGUACAACAAGAUGUGCGUAAAAUAGACAAGUUUGUGUCUAAUUUAAUAAGACAUAUGGCAUCUAAUGAUAACUAAGAAAUACAUAUAAUUUUAUUGUAAAA